AUGACCGGGGAGGGCACCCAAGCACCCCCCCCCCGACUGCUGCCCGGUAAAAUUCGGCUUCAGUCGUUAGUUCGUAGCAAGAAUGGACGAAGCGAACUCGGCGACUAAGGCGCUAGGAUUGGACGAAGCGCCGCUAAGCGGGCCGGUGGUUGAGGGGGUGGUGGGUUCGGAUACCGAGUCGGACGCCGAAGCCGCGUCGAUGACCGUGAAGGGAGAGUCGGCGUACGUCGAAGUAGGAGCCGAGUCUCUGCCGAGUCCUGACGAGACCGAGGCGGCGUUUGCAGAAGUAACGACAGUGACCGUGGCAGAUGUGCAGACGGCAGAGGACAACGUCUUCACCACAGCUGUGGCCACCUCGGGCAGCAUCCCUGACCAUGUGUUUACUGGAAGGACCACUCUGCAGAUUGGUGAAGGCCUUAACACCCAGAAAGCCACCCUGAUAGUUGUUCACACAGACGGCAGCAUAGUAGAGGCCACAAGCUUGAAGAGUGCUGCAGCUACCAUCGCAUCUGGUAUGUUUUUAAGGGAGGUUUAUGGCCCUCAAACUCCCUCCACCCCUCUGGCUUCGGGGCAGGAGAAGGACACUUGCUCCAAGUACAAUUGGGAUCCAUCAGUUUACAACAACGAGCUUCCCGUGCGCUGCAGAAACACCAGCGGUAUCCUGUACAAGAACCGACUGGGCUCAGGUGGAAAGGGGCGCUGCAUUAAACACAAUAACAAGUGGUACACUCCCACUGAGUUUGAGUGCAUAGCUGGGCGUGCCAGCAGCAAGGACUGGAAGAGAAGCAUCCGCUAUGCAGGGAGGCCUUUGCAAUGUCUGAUCCAGGAGAGAAUACUGAACCCUCACGCUGCCUCCUGUACAUGUGCGGCCUGCUGUGAUGACCUGGCACUGUGCUCUAAGGAUGGGGACUCCUAUGGAGGAGAGAAUAUCAGCAUGACUGGCCCUGUGAGGCUGUUUGUUCCAUAUAAGAGACGGAAGAAGGACAACGAGCAGCCAGCCGCCCUAGACAAGAAGGACCUUCCAGCCCCAAAAAACAUCACCCUUACACCUGGAGCCACAUUCACCGUGUCCCCAUCAGGCCAGAUCACCACAUCAGGAACCUUGACCUUCGACAGGACAACCACAGGGGAUGCUGCGUCUAUCAUCUCUGAGGGCACAGCGCAGGGCGAGGUAUUCGCCAGCACUGCAGUGUUAACGGCUCUCCCAGCCCUGGCCAUGGUUCCCCAGUCAGUGCAGACGAAGAUGGCAGUGGCCCCUCCAUCUCCAAGCCUAGUCAAUGGGCUGGAGGUAGGGCCGGUGGGGACACUGGCCCCAGUGGAGACCAUGGGACCCGUGGUGAGCGAAAGUCCACCAAAGAGUAUGUGGCUGUACCUGGAGGAGAUAGCCAACACCUUGCUGAGCAAUGUUCAGCAGCUCAAAGCCCUCAUUGAACAGGCCAAGCAGCAAGCCGGCCAGUCAGGACAGGACACAGGUCACGACAAAGGUCAUGUCACAAAAAAGGAGUGUCCCCUCGGCCAACCGUUCCAGAGCCAGAUCUCAUUUCAGCAGCCAGACAACCCUGAGGCCAAGAGGGGCUCAGAGAUCACAGAGCUCAUCGUGAAUCAAAUGUGUGUGAACUGUGGCCGGGAAGCCAUGAGUGAGUGCACCGGCUGUCACAAGGUCAACUACUGCUCCACGUUCUGCCAGAGAAAAGACUGGAAGGAGCACCAGCACAGCUGCUGCCAGACGGGUGAGGCUGUCACCGUACAGGAAGAGGUGCCCAUGUCAACUUUAGACAUAGAAAAAGUCAAGGUCUAGUGGGCUCAGAUGCUGAAAAGUGCAUUGACUCUGUCCUUUUACAAGAAGAAGACACAGGCAAACAGCGCCGGGGGGGGGGGGGGUCCACGCCUGCAGUCAGCAUUCAGACAAGCACUUCUGUUCCAUGUUUACAUCCAAAGUGGGGGUAGGCAGAGCUUGUCCAACUUGUCAUGGCUGCCAGAUUCCUCCAUAUGAAUGACAGAUGCAGAGAUGGCUCUUGUUUUUUUUCCUGUCCUCUUGGAAAAAAGGAAUUUCUCGUGGCUGCAAAAAUCCGGAAAAGGAAAAAUCAUCUGGCUCACUCCUGAUACAAAUGAUUACAUAUUUUAAGUUAGUUUUGACCUACUGCCAUCUUAUAGGUUGCUGUUUAUUGUGUAGAAAUUCGUUAAGCUCUAGAGCAGCGGUGGCGAACCAUGUCCCAUGGAGAGCCAUGUGUAUGCGGGUUUUCAUUCCAGUCAGACUCCACACCAGA